UUUCCGUGUGUUCUUCCGCGAUGGGAGAGCGGUAAAAACGAGCCGCUCUUUUCUCGAGAUGGCGGGAGAGAGUUUUCCUUCAGGGCAGGCGAGGCGGCAGGACAGGGACGCGGGGCCUCCUUAGGUGUUCCUCUUUCGCACGCACGCCAUUUUGAACCACCGCGGAGGAAAGCGCGGGUCUUGGCUAGAAGCACAGGCUCGGCCGGCGGCCCGGCGCUUCUUCCUUCCUCCCCUCUCACCCAAGUGCCCAGUGCUUGCUGGCGUGCAGAAAUCACGUUUCCAACUGUGAAAUAUCUGAGAGGAUGUUCAAAAAUGAAUAUCAGGGUGGCCCAUUUGUUGAAAUCUUCAGUGCUCAAGGCAAGAAUCCUGGAACAAAAUGGAAGAUUUUUGGCAGUCCAUCAGUAAUUGGAAAAGAAUUUGAUAAGGAAGUGAAAAGCUUCGUAUUUGUUUUGGAAGGAAGCAGUCAAACCAACAAGAUGCAGCUUCCUAAGGAAAUGAGGCAAACUCUUGGACUGAUACAGCAGUUUCUGGUACUUCAGAUUUAUGUGCCAUUGGGGCAAGACUUCUCUACUGAAUUGCUGAUAACUGAUUUAGGAAACAUUAAAAGAAGAUUGUAUUUAUCAACGGUCCACAAGGAAUUGUCUGUAACUCCUCUGCAUGCAAAAAUUCCUCUCUUUAUGAUCAAGCGCAAAACUUGGUGCAACCUUUGCGUUGACCUGGUAGCAUUUACUAGCGAGAUAUUCAAAGGAGCUGUUUUCCAGUCCUUGGAUGGCAUUAUUGUCUCAGCUAACUGUAAGCUGCGAAAAAUCUUCACACUGAAGUCAAAACCCCUGGACACAGCUGAUGAAGUUGAUGGGCCAACAGAUGCAAUUCCUCGAGCAUGUCAGUUAAAUUCAGAUGUACCACAAAUCACACAGCUUCUGAAUAUGAACAAGCUGCGCUCAUCUGGUCAAAAAUGUGGAAAUUGGCCCUUAACCUCACCAGAAUCAGGUUUAUCUCACUCUUCGCAUGAUCAUUCAAUGAACAGAGGAUCAACUACUGCACGAAGCACUAAGAAUCAAGAUGUGUCCCACAUUGCAUUUGGAUCCAAAGUUCUUGGGCCGCCUCCACCUUCAGGCCGAAGGUUCAGCACAAGGGCAUCUGGGGAGGUAACAAAAUCUGGGAACAUCAGAACCAACAGGUCAUACCAGCACUCAGUUUUGGAAAAAGGAAGGAAUCCAGUGCAAGAAAUUGGCAGGUGUGAACAAUCUCCCUCACCAUAUGAUGAGGCUGUAGUUCAAGAAAAUAAAGCGAAUAUUUGCCACACAACUCAGACUUCACAUGACAAGGUUGCAGAUGAAUGGAUAUUUCCUAACAAGGAGAGUUCUCAACUGGAUUCUGGCAAUCAAUCUCUAAUGUCUUGUGAAACAUCUUGUGGCUUUUUAACCUCAGCACUGAACGUUGACCAAGUAGAUGAAAGCAAACAAACAUCAGAAGACUGGCAUGAGGAUAUUUUCACCUUUUCCUCAAAACCUAGAUCAGCCCCUCAUGGGAAUCCUUUGACCCCGCUGUCAGAAAGCUGCAGCUGUUCUGUGGACUUAAAAGAAGAGUGCAGCCUCAACUGGCGAGGAGCCCAAAUGGAAGAUGACUUUUAUGGAAGUGAGUCCAGCAAAGAGGAUGAGAGCUACAGUGAAUUUCUGCAAGAUGUUCCAAAUAUUCAGACAAGACACUUUAUAUCAAGGUCAUCUGAACCAGUAAUUACCAAAGAAAUUCCACUGAAAAUGACAUCAACGAGCCCGGAGCACUGGACAAAUAAAGGGUUUUCCAAGCACAGCAAUGAAGAGAACUUACCACCAAGAACAGAAGAUUUGGUUGUGAUGACCAGAAAAGCAAAUAACAGUCAAAGAAGCUUUUCGCCUCCUCUGUGCUUGUGCCCAACUAAAAACAUAUCAGGGUCCUGCAAAGAAUCAACUGGUAGGAGUAUAUCUAGCAAUCCACUGAUAAUUUCUAUAAGUAGAAAGUCCCUUAAAGAGAUGCCAAGUGACAAUUCAAAUCCAGCAGUACAAAAUCAUGUAUAUGACUGGAGAAACUACCAGCCAAACAGCAUGAGUGCUUCAGAACUGCAGAUGUUGGCUAGUAUGAAAAGGCAGCAAAAUGAAGAGCUGGAAAAUAGCGGACUUUCACAUGGGCUGAGUGCAUCUCAAAUUGACAAUUGUAAUGUCAGCCUCAGCGCAAGCAGCGAUGACACGACAACUUGGAACUCAUGUCUCCCAGCGCCAAUCAAUCAAGGGUGUCACUAUCAGAAAGAAAUGAACCCUCUUUCCCAUUCCAACCCACGGGACUGGUUAAAUGUGUUCAGCCCUCCUAUAAUUCCCCCAAGCCAACAAUUGGCAGAACGUGCUGAAAUGAAAGCAAAGUUGACCCCUCAAGGUGGAGGCAACUUUGAGGUAGAGGAAGAUGAACUGGCUCUCUUGUACGACCCAUGCCUAAGCUGCUAUUUUGAUCCUGAAAGUGGGAAAUACUAUGAAUUGGCAUAACUAUUCCCCAGGCUACAGAGCAUUAACCCCAGGACAAUUCCAGCUCUCAGUCUUUUAGUCGCAUUCUCUUUUCUAUUCUGUAGUCCAAAACUUUAUAGUGUUUACUAUCUGCAGACAGUCCAAUAUGCUUGUAAAUAAUACAGAAUCUUAUUUCCGUAAAUUUGUGCUAUUUUAAGAGACUUGCUUAAGAAGCUUUGGUUGGGCCAGCUGACCUUAUGAAAAAAUAUUGAAAUGUGUAUGUGAACAAAUAACACUAAAUCAAAAAUGUUUUGUGAGGUUAAUUUCUGAAUGACGGUAUGAUGGACUUUUUUCA